AUGGCAGCGAAGUCAGGCGGCGGGCUGUGUUUCCUGAAGAGCAGCGCCAAGGCGGAAGCGGCGCCCAAAGAGCGGUCAAUAAAGUGCGUUACAUGUGCCGCCUUUUUCCCGGAUGUCGCCGAUCAAAAAUCGCAUUUUAAGUCAGAGUGGCACCUGUACAACGUCAAGCGCAAGGACAGCGGAAUUGACGCCAUGGGCCACGCCGAGUUCCUCCAGCUGAAGGAGCGCCUGGUGCAGAUGAUGGAGCUAAAAAACAACGAGUUAGAGAAUAAGAGCAAGGCAAAGAUGCUGAGGAGAUUGAAGGACGCCAGCCCUGUAGCCAAAUAUCGCAAUCAAGAGUCGUCCGAGGGAUGCGAGGAAACGUGCGACGCCAGCACGGUGAAAAGCGGCGUCACCAGCGUGCCCUAUUGCCCAACUACGUGCUUAUUCAGUGGUAAAAAGUCGGCAACCGUUGAGGAGAACCUCCAGUGGAUGGCGAAAACGUACUCUUUCUUCUUGCCGGAACAGGAGCACCUGGUGGACGUUAACUCGCUGCUCACCUACCUCCAUGACAAGAUCUACAACAAGUACACGUGCUUAUGCUGCCACCGUAUUUUCAAGAGCAUAUACGCAGUUAUGCACCACAUGGAUCAAAAGCAACACCGAAAGGUCAAUGACGAUGACUUCUUGGAGCUCGCUCAGUUCUACGACUUCACCAAUACCUACGCCGAUCUUAUCCCAUCCAAGGCAGCCGAUGAAAGCAGCUGCGGCAGCACUGCGGACGACGAUGACGACGACUGGGAGGACGUUAUCACCGGCACCACCGACAGCAAUGAGGCCAUCCAACGUCUGGCCUACUUUGGGGUCGUCAGAGCGAAGAUCACCGACUGCGGCAACCUAGCUCUACCCAAUGGCAGGGAGGCUGUCCACAGAGAUGUGUCGUAUGUCUACAAGCAGAAUUUGGUGGUGCGCAGCUCGUACGGCAUUAGCAAGUCGCCGGCAGGGUUCCAAUUUCUCCGCGUCAGCGAAAAGAGGCAGAUCACACGCGCCGAGAAGCAAAAGCGCACCCGCCUCGACCACGUCCGGCUCAAAAUGCAGUACAAGUCGUACAAGCUGUUCGUGCCGUGCAACCAAAUUGCUUAUGCCACUUAG